AUGGCAAUCGAUAACGAACAAGGCGCUGCUCAUCUUAGGCGUUCGCUUGUACUUCGCAACGUGCUGGACACGGAGCGCGAGGAUCCUUGCAAGCAGACUGCUGAUGCGGAGACCGUCAGCAGUACUGCAUAUCCAAACCCAAAUCUUGGGGCCAGCGAAGACCUAGGCAAUGAUGUCGAUUCGUUAAUUCCUGGCUCGAAUCUGGAAGAGAUUAGAGAAUGGCUCGACUUGCAGUGUGGAGAAGAGCAAGCUCGAAUCGAUUGGAGUGUACCACGAAUCACCCUGACAGACGAUCAGAGAAAGUUGAAGAGGGGUCUGAAUACCGAUGUCCUCAAGCGAAUAAAAAAAGGUUAUGGUCCACGACCUUCCAAGUUUGAAGACUUGCUGUGGCCACUACGGAUGAACGACGACGUUGCAAAGUUCCUCACAAAGCCUAUCAUCGAGACGCCUCAAGAGAUGGAGCACGUGCUUCGAAACUGGAAUAGGCAUGUCGGGGUGCCAGUUGAAGACGCUGAUGCUCGAGAAGUAUUGAUCGCCACCAUGUACGCGCGAAUUAAAUACCUCAACGGGAGCUUGAGCUAUCGCAGAAGUGCAGACGCCCACGACAUCACGUCGCAGAAACUCCUGCAUGCCGUCCACGCUUACCGACUGGAAACUGUGCACUUUUCAACAACAGACACAUGCGAGCUCAUGACCAUCAUCCUAGCUCAUCUGGGCUACGCCAUCCCUGAUAUCGACCAAGACCUCAAAUACCUCCUGUUCUACACCCUCGUAUCAGAGCGCCAAUUCCUCGCCCACACCGCCAACGCAACCACCGCACACAGGUUGGAACAACAAAUCACGGCAGCCAAACGCAUGCGAGACCACGAAACAUUAGAUAAAUACUCCCGCCAGAUGAACAACUGGGCCACAACAAUCUGGCUAAACAACUGCACCAUCAUCGCCGACCGCGUGCGCCUCGCCCGGCGAAACGUUCAAUCCCGGGCUUUGGGAGAAUUUCAACAUCUCACCAUCCUACAAACAGCGCAGAAAAUCGUGCUUCGACAACGCAUAUCCCGCGGCGCGCCGCCGUCGGACAAACUCAUACCGCGCGAGAUUUGGCUGCCUGAACACUCUCUCGCCUGCGACAAUGCCCUCACCGCCUUGAAUGAAGCUGCAGACGACCACCUCUCAGAAUUCCUCGCUAGUCUCAGAGUCGCUACUAGCAAUAUAAAUGGCAUGCACAACGUCGCGCACGCACGUAUUCUCACCCGCGCGAUUAAAUUCGCGGGCCUCGAUUUACCGCAAGACAUGAGCGAAGGCCAACGGUUGGGGAUCGUGAACGCCCGACUUGAGCAUGCUGGCACGAUGAAUAUGAUUUCAGAUGCGGUCGAGGCGAUUACUGAGACAAAGGUGAAGAGCAGGGAGAUGGUGGACGUUAUUGGGAAUAUGGAUGGUAAGUUUGGAGAUGUGCUGGACGCAGUGGAGGUGGUGGGGAAAGAGUUUGAGGAUUUGGUUAUGUUGUUGGAUGGGGAGCCGGCGGUGGAUGGGUGGGGGGAGGAAUGGGAAGACAGUGAAGGGGAGGGUGGUGGGAGUCUUGACUUUGCAAUUCUGGAGUUGCUUUUGACUAUUCUCACUGUAGACCCAAACAUUGUCAAAGUCGGUAGCGAAUCCUCACUUGAAGACUCCAAGAUGGAUCUCAAGAUCAUACUCAGCGACAACUAUCAGGCUGAUCCUGGUACAUCGAAGUCCACUCCCUCGACACACCGUCCUCUAGCAUCCAUAUGCGCUUCUCUAAAUCUGCAUGUGGACUUGCUCAACUACAACGACAUCCCACCGAACGACACCCCCUUGUCCCGCUUCGCCCACGCAACAACAGUCUUCGCGCUCGCAACAAUCCUUUUAAUCGUCAAGAAGCGCUGGAGGCCAGUCAGACACGUGUUUUGCAUGCGAGCAGACUUCUUCCGCGAGAUCAACAUCAUCAUUGAUCAAGUCAAGCGAGGCAAACUUCUACCUUGGCAGCCUUUCUGGCAGUGGUUUGAGCUAUUCGAGGCCAGAACGUUCAACAUUUGGAACACAAAGAUGCAGCGGUACGCAACAGGGUACGCGAUCAACAAGUUGGAAGUGUUUGGCUUGAUUCGUCAGCUGUGUGAUGAGCUGGGCAACAUUGCUAACAGCCGGUUGGAGUGGGCUAGGUUAGAGAUGAACCAGGCUUGUAUGGAGAUGGGCGUGCUGGAUCGCGAGGAUGAGUUGGAGAAGCAUAUGGUGAUGGUGACGGAUGUUAUUGUGCAGGAUUGUAAGGACAGAGGUUCUCUCUUGCUAUUCGAGGUUUUGACCAAGAAGGUGCUCGAUGGCAGGAAGUUUUCGAUGCAUUGGGUCUUGGACACUUGGAUCGACUACUGCUUCUUUCACCCUCAUCAACUCUAUAAUGAGAACGCGAGCAAGGCAGCCAUGAUUCACUCGCUACACUACACCGGACCCUCUCGAUACACAGUGCGCUCAGCGUGCCUGCGCCUUGGUAGUUUCACGAUGCUCCAGGCACACGAAAUCGUCACCUCUGCACCGAAAUUACGCGGUGCGUGUGAGAAGUGUACUGUUAAGUAUACAGCCAAGGCACCAGAGCGGAAAGCAAAGCGGGAGGCAAAGCGCGAAGCAGACAAAGUCCUGGAUGCAUUGAAACCUGUCAACAAAGACUCUCGCGUGAAGAAGUCGAACCCGGUGGAUACUUCGAUCACGUAUGGCACUGUCAUGCCGAAGAACAAAGAUAAUCGUAAGGCAGACAAGUUCACCAACGAUAGAUUUCGUGGGCAGAAGUCGUAUUCCGUUGAUUCGACGGUCACGGGUAUGUCGCUGGAUUACGACAAGACGCUGAAGACGUACUCACAAUCUGCUAGUACCCGCAAGAUCUCUGCGAUAAACACUCAGGUUGGCAGUUUAUCCGUGCAGACUCCUCAGAAUCGAGUACAGAUCCCAGACAUUCUCCUCGCAGAAGCUGCAGUCCAGCCGCCGACCCCUCCUCCCCCCGCUAGAGUUGUGAAAAAUCCGGACGCAAUCAUCCGCAGCGCAUUCCUCUUCGCCAACAUCACCCCAGACAUCCUUCGCUACACGCCUCCAACCCAUGACUCGAAGCUGGAACUGCGUCUCGAAGACCAAAUUACUCGCUUCGCGCUCGCCACGCACCUUCAGUUGGUAGAGCAGUACUAUCGGCCCCAAAUAACCGAUCAACGCCUCGACGCGCGCAAGGACUUCUUCAAGGAAGUCGAUCAGCUGCUCAAGCUCACCGAGAAGCGCGUGUUGAACCCUUGGUGGCCGUUGAAAGUUUGGCUCCCCGUUUAUAAACAGCGAAGCCGCAGGGUAUGGGGCAGCCAGGCGAUUGGCAAGGGGCAUAAGUUGGAGGCAUGUGCGAUAUGUCGUAAUCUCCUCGAUGAGCUGAUUGUCGCUGCGCGUGGGGAACUAGACAGUGCGGAAAAGCAGAUUCGCGCGCUGUGCAAGGAGAUGGGUGGCGUCGUUGAGGAGAAGGAGAUUCAGCGUAGACUGGGGCAGGUGAAGCAAGGCGUGGCGGACGACUGUAGUAUGCGCGGCUGCUUGCGAUUGAAGGAGAUUCUGACGCCGCAGAUGCUGCAGGACGUGAAAUUCUCGAGCAAGUGGCAGGGAGAUUGUAAGACUAGGGCGAUUAUGUUGGGAGAUGAGAAUAUGGAGGAGGAGAAGGAAGAAGAUAAAGAGCAACAACAGGAGGAGCAGGAAGAAGAUGAAGCAGAAUAG